AAAAGAAAUACACAGUAUCAAGUGUUGUGAAGAUGUGGAGCAGCAUUAGCCUCUUAGACUGCUGAAAGGAGUAAAUACAUUUGUACAGUCACUUUUGGAACAGUUUGACAUCAUCUCCUAAAGUUCAAGCUGUGCAUAUCCUUCACCUAGCUGUUCUCCUUAAGUAUAUUUCCAACAGAAAUGUGUACACCAAGACACUUAUACAUGAAUGUUCAUGGUAGUGGUAUUCAUAAUAACUUCAAACUAAAAACAACACGUGUACAUAUAUCAGCAUUAGAAUGGGUAAAUAAAUUGUGGUUAUACAGUGGACUAUCAUACAGCUUUGAAAAUAUACUCAAAGCAACGUGGAUGAAUGUUACAAAUAUAAUGUUGAUUGAAAAGGGCAAGACAAUAAUAAAUAACGUUUAUUUAUAUGAACUUUGAAAAUCAAUAAAAAGUAUAGUGUUUAGAGUUACCUGCUUAAGAUGUUUAAGUAUAAAAAAAAAAGAAAAUGUGUAUUGUAAGAGUCAUAAUAAUGGUUAACUUAAGGAGGAAGGAAGCAAGGGUGGUUGGGGAGGAGACCAAAGUGUUUUGUUUAUUAAGACCAGGCAAUGUUUUAUUUCUUUACAUUAGCUUACAAGUUUGCUCAAAUUAUUGAGCUGUGUGUGCAAUUUUGUAUAUCUUUUCUAUGUCUUUCAUAUUUUACUCAAAAAGAUUUAAAAAUGUGGAAAGAAUGCUGAAUAAACAGGUCAGAGGAUUUCAUGCAAAAGUUUGUUUUUAAAGCAUGUUGAUAAUAACACUUAAAUGUAAUUAGAUUUAUCCUAAGCUUCCAUUUGGCAAUGAUUAAAAUUCAGUAAAUAAUAAAUGUCUUCCUUCAAUAACCAUUGUUUACCAAUAGGUAAGUACAAGCGGUGCUCACUCUGUAUGGUAGUAUGGGACCCAAAAAAUAAGUAUACAAGCUAAAACUUUAUGAAAUGAUCUUAAUCAGUGGGAAAAAAAAUACAGUCAAAACAUAAAACUGUCAUGUGUCAGUUAUAAAUGUAUAGGGAAAUGAAAUAAACGCUAAAACAAUUUAGUGCCAUGUAUAGGGAAAUGAAAUAAAUACUAAAACUAACAAUUUAGUGCCAUUUAUUAUGAAACAUUAGAAACAAUUAGAAUUAUAGUGCUUUAUUUCUUUGUAAAAAACCUACCAAGAAUAGUUUGAGCAGUGCUUUGCCUUCUUGUAUAACUUAGAAAAACAGAGCGAGCAGAGUAUACAUCUUUUCUGUGCCUUAGCAAAUUGUCUUAAUCUUUUCUACUAAAUUUGGAUCAGCUUCUAACAUUUUAUCCUUUGCACUUGCAAUGUCAUGAAAUAUCUCCAAGAAUUCCUUUAUUGUGAAGUUGUUUUUUGCUAUUGCCACUUCUUCUGAGACAUCUUCCUUUUUGUCACAACUUCUUUCCUCAUUUAUGUCAAUAAUUUCACUAAAUUCCUCUGACUGCAUACCUAGUGUCUCUCAAACAGUGCAGUGGCCGCAUUCCCACAAUUAAUUGUUUCUUCUGCUAUUCCACUUACAUUCAACUUGAAUUUCACUCCAGUGUUAACCAUUUUUCUUUUCUUUGCUACACUUUUAUCUUUGUUGGCCAUUUCCCUCUUUCAGUUACCAUUUUGUAAAAUUUCACAUGAGUUUAUUACUGGGAAGCAAGAAGGUAAACCAGCUACAUGCUUUGCUGUCCGUAGGCAAACUGAGUAACAGAUGAGAAGUGUCCUGUCACCAACAGACUUAAAAGCAGUGAUGUGAUUGGUCACUGAUCAUGAUGUGCAUCUCUUAUUAACAUAGUGAUUUAUGAACUGAAGUGCCAGCAAAGGAGUUUGUAUUUAUGUAGUUACAGUUAGUAUACUGUGGUAGGUGAAAUUGGAGCCAUGUUGUUGGGAGACUGGUAUUUAUUUAACUCAACUGUGGAAGCUGAAAUUUCUGCAUAGGGAAAACCUGGGAGGUGAGGACUGACUGUAAUUCAAAGAAUUUGAACUAUUUGAUCAGUUAAAUAAAGAUUUGGUUGGUUUUGAUGAGAUUACGGUUGUGGGUCUACCUGGAUAUUUGAUUUCUGAGCUAUUGAAUGCCUGAUACAUUUUAUGUGAAAAUACAAAUUUGAUACUAUUCUUGCAGCUUCUUUAAUCCUCUUAGGUACUUCCUUAGAAAGGACCUUUCAUACUAACUCUGUAGAACAAAAUCCCUUGUAGUAAGUAAAAUCAGUGGUUUUAGGAGAAUAAUGGUGAUUAUGAUUUUGAGUUCACUGUGAAGCAACAAACAUUGAAAGUAAGUUUUUGAAAAAUUAUUUGAUAUGAUGUUGACAUUCCAAUAACUGAAGGUAAAAAAGGGGUUAAAUCAGUUUUGACAUAUUUAGUCAGGUGACUCUGCUUUCACUAGUCUCAUGCUAGCAAAUAUUUUCUUGUUAAAUGUGAAAGAUAAGGUCUCUGUGUUGGUUGAAAUUGAAAAAUAUUAAUUUAUUGUUUGAUUUCCUACAGGUGAACUGGCACAGAGGUUGAUCUCAAGAUGCCAUUAGUGAAAAGAAACAUCGAUCCUAGGCACUUGUGCCACACAGCGCUGCCUAGAGGAAUUAAGAAUGAACUGGAAUGUGUGACCAAUAUUUCUUUGGCAAACAUAAUUAGACAGCUAAGUAGCCUGAGUAAAUAUGCUGAAGAUAUUUUUGGAGAAUUAUUCAAUGAAGCACAUAGUUUUUCCUUCAGAGUUAACUCAUUACAAGAACGUGUGGACCGUUUAUCUGUUAGUGUUACACAGCUUGAUCCUAAAGAAGAAGAAUUGUCUUUGCAAGAUAUAACAAUGAGAAAAGCUUUCCGAAGUUCUACAAUUCAAGAUCAGCAGCUUUUUGACCGCAAGACUUUGCCCAUUCCGUUACAAGAAACAUAUGAUGUUUGUGAACAGCCUCCACCUCUCAAUAUACUCACUCCUUACAGAGAUGAUGGUAAAGAAGGUUUGAAGUUUUAUACCAAUCCUUCAUAUUUCUUUGAUCUGUGGAAAGAAAAAAUGUUACAAGAUACAGAGGAUAAGAGGAAAGAAAAGAGGAAGCAGAAGCAGAAAAAUCUAGAUCGUCCUCAUGAACCAGAAAAAGUGCCAAGAGCACCUCAUGACAGGCGGAGAGAAUGGCAGAAGCUGGCCCAAGGUCCAGAGCUCGCUGAAGAUGAUGCUAAUCUCUUACAUAAGCAUAUUGAAGUUGCUAAUGGCCCAGCCUCUCAUUUUGAAACAAGACCUCAGACAUAUGUGGAUCAUAUGGAUGGAUCUUAUUCACUUUCUGCCUUGCCAUUUAGUCAGAUGAGUGAGCUUCUGACUAGAGCUGAGGAAAGGGUCUUGGUCAGACCACAUGAACCACCUCCACCUCCACCAAUGCAUGGAGCAGGAGAUGCAAAACCCAUACCCACCUGUAUCAGUUCUGCUACAGGUUUGAUAGAAAAUCGUCCUCAGUCACCAGCUACAGGCAGGACACCUGUGUUUGUGAGCCCACCCCCACCUCCUCCACCACCUCUUCCAUCUGCCUUGUCAACUUCUUCCUUAAGAGCUUCAAUGACUUCAACUCCUCCCCCACCAGUACCCCCACCUCCACCUCCAACCACUGCUUUGCAAGCUCCAGCAGUACCACCACCUCCAGCUCCUCUUCAGAUUGCCCCUGGAGUUCUUCACCCAGCUCCUCCUCCAAUUGCACCUCCUCUAGUUCAGCCCUCUCCACCGGUAGCUAGAGCCGCCCCAGUAUGCGAGACUGUACCAGUUCAUCCACUCCCACAAGGAGAAGUCCAGGGGCUGCCUCCACCCCCACCACCGCCUCCUCUGCCUCCACCUGGCAUUCGACCAUCCUCACCUGUCACAGUUGCAGCUCUUGCUCAUCCUCCCUCUGGGCUACAUCCAACUCCAUCUACUGCCCCAGGUCCCCAUGUUCCAUUAAUGCCUCCAUCUCCUCCAUCACAAGUUAUACCUGCUUCUGAGCCAAAGCGUCAUCCGUCAACCCUACCUGUAAUCAGUGACGCCAGGAGUGUACUUCUGGAAGCAAUACGAAAAGGUAUUCAGCUACGAAAAGUUGAAGAACAGCGUGAACAGGAAGCUAAACAUGAACGCAUUGAAAAUGACGUUGCCACCAUCCUGUCUCGCCGUAUUGCUGUGGAAUAUAGUGAUUCAGAAGAUGAUUCAGAAUUUGAUGAAGUAGAUUGGUUGGAGUAAGAAAAAAAUGCAUUGAUAAAUAUUACAAAACUGAAUGCAAAUGUCCUUUGUGGUGCUUGUUCUUUGAAAAUGUUUGGUCAUUCCAGUGUUUUGCUUUCUUUUCCUUAAGGUAAAUAACCCUUUUCCUCCAUAAUUUUUGAUUUCUAAGGAAAUUACUAGCAUACAUUUCAAACUAAAUGUUUUACAGUGGCUUAUCUUUUUAUUUUUUUCCCUGAAAAGACAUAAUUUGGUCAAAUAAACCACUAAGUAUUAAGCAUGGACAGCUGUUGUUAGAGUAGCAGAUUCAGUUUUUUGAUAUAUCUUAAUUGUGCACUUUGUGAAUUUUAAUUUAAAGAAAGCAACUGAGAUUAAAAAUCUUGAGGGCAGCUGUAUCUAUUAAUGAGCCUUAUUCCAUUUCCUGACGUUUUAAAAGAAGAAACACUGCCUUGAUUAUAUGAAUACACACAGAAAGUACAUUUAGCUUGUAGUAUUGAAUUCUCUUAAAGGAAUGCUUGAAUUUUUUUUAAUUACUGUUUUAUUGUUUUUAAAUACUUGCCUUAUUUGAAUGUUUAGCAGUCCCCUUCCUACUUAUAUAUUGUGUGGUACAAUUUUGCUUGCCUAUAAGAGUUUAAAAAAUUUCCAUGUGAAAUACUCUUGACAUAAACCAUGUAACUUACAUAACUGUUAAGAAUAACAGUCUGAUUUAAUAAAUGGUUCAUUUUAAAGGCU